AUGACGUGCUUUCGUCGUAUCCACAGAAUGACCGCAACGAAGAACGAGUAGAAUUCUGUUGUUAGUUUAGCUCCAUCCUCGUUCCAAUGGCGACGAUCGCUGUGACUCUUACGCAGAUCAACCUCGUCCGAAUUUCUCCAUCUCAAUUCUCUUCCUCUCGAUCUUCCUUCAAUUCUGUGCGUUGCUCCUCAAUCCAGCAGGUCCAGGUUGAUUCAACAAUUGCUUGCGAACCUUGUAAUGGUAAAGGAUGGAUAGUGUGUGAUUUCUGUGAAGGGCAGAAGACUAAUGUGAAGGCUGAGAACAAUCGUAUCUAUCGACGCUGUCCAUCUUGCCGAGCUGUUGGAUAUGUUCUAUGUUCAAAGUGUAAGGUUUUCAAGUGUGUUACUUUCCCAAACUACAGUGACGGUGCAGAACUAUCCUUUUGAACCUCUGAUAUCUCUUGAAUUAUAUGAAGUGUAGAGAUCCUUGUUGAAUACAAAUUCUGUUGGAAACGGCAUCUUUUGAUAUGAACAACACAUCUUAGCGUAUCAUUUCUUAGAAAGAGACUUCCAUCGGGCAAUGUGGCCAUGUCCGUGUAUUAUAUACAAAUGUAACAUAUAUAAGAAGCAAGUGCUCAGCAUUACUCAUUAAUCGACUAGUUAACCUGUGUUUCUUUUUCC